AUGGCGACGCCUCCUGCAUCUCGCCCUGAACCAUACUGUCAGGUGUGCCGGGAUGGGCUCUUGCCCUUGGAGCUUCCAGAAGAUUGCCAGGAUGCGGGCUUCUACCUGGGCGUGGCCAUACCUCAGGUGCUUGUUGUCGACUUCCCCGGCUAUCCGGCCAACUGCUUCUUCUGCCAGGAAUGUGAUCAGGGCGAUUUGUAUUUCAACAAUGCCUCCAUAGAAGAGACGGCCACAGAGACGAUCCGCGCAGCUCCCUUGGCAGCUGCUAUUUGCUCGGAUGGACCACUGCGGAGUACGACCGAGGCUGCUGGGAAUGUCUCCAUGUUCACCGAAGAGUUUCGCUUGGGACGCGGCCGCUGCCGACAGGGCUACAACUUGAUUUCGGACGCCGUGGUUUGUGAACGGGCGGCAACAGAGAUGUCCCUGGUUUUCGAUGGCACAGUGGCUGUGGUCAGCUGGCCCGCGGCUUUGGGCAGUGUUGAGAACUAUUGGCCGGUGGGCUGCUUCUACUGCCCGCUUUGCGACACCGCACACGUCUUCUUGAAUCGGGGCCUUGAUGCGGGCAACUCUACGGUCAACGAGCCUGCUUCCAUGACUGGACCUGCCACGACGGAGGCAUCAGCUGCGGUGCAGCUCCUCUGCAGCGCUCCGGCGGACCGACUGGUGACGUCGACCACCUCCCAGGAGCCCUGGUUGCUAACGCU